CGCGCCGCCAGUAGUACGGAGUCCGCCGCGCCAGAGCCACCCUCGCUGGGCGCCGCUGCAAAAGGAUUAGCGUCCGCGCAGUGACACGCAAGUGACUCGCAAGAGACUCGCAAGAGACUCGCAAGUGACACGCACAAGUGACAAAAGUGACAAGUGAAAGUGAGCGCCAUAGUUUGGUGGAUUUGAAUUUUGUGAGCGGGAAAAGGGACAAGGCCAAGAUGCGUCCGCCAGCGUCCUUCGGUGUCGACAUCACCAACAUGCCCCAGCAGCUGCCCGUCAUGAUGGCGGGCAGGGCCAUCAUCAGGGUGGUGGGCAGGUGCAACGAGGCGCAGGAGAACUGCAACCUGGACUUGUCCGAGUGCCAGCUGGUGCAAGUGCCCGACGCCGUGUACCACUUGAUGCGACACACCGCCCUCACCACCUGCAACCUCUCCGGCAACGUCAUCACCAAGCUGCCUCCCAAGUUUGCCGUCAAAUUCAGCCUUAUCACAGAGCUCAACGUGUCCCACAACCAAAUGAGCAAACUGCCGGACGAGCUGUGCGACCUGGCCGAGCUGCACUCGCUUGACAUCAGCCACAACGCCUUCAUCACGCUGCCGAGGGUCGCCUUCAAGAUGCCCAAGCUGGCCAACCUCACCGCCAACCACAACCGCAUCAUCGAGGUGGAAGUGGAGCGGUUACGGGAAGCGCCGUCGCUCGUCGAGGUGGACCUCACCGACAACCCCGUCCUGCCCGAGGUCCGCGACGCCCUCAAGGCCGUGGAAGCGCCCCGAGUCCUCCUCAGCGAACGCCAGAAGGAAGACUGGGAGGACCUGACGGUCUAGCUGUAUCUCCGUGCCUCAUCCUGACCCUCCCCCCUUUUUUCCUUUUUUAUUCCCCCUCACUGCGUCUCGCUCAGCCAAACUCCUCGGGUCAAGCCCAUCCUAAGGCUGAACCAAGGACAUCCAUUAUUAUUCUGAACUGUGUAGGUCAAACACCAAAACUCUGAUGAGUUGCCUGUGAUUGCUAUAAAACCAAAUUGCAGCUUAUUUAGAUUUCGUUCUCACCUUCCAUAGAUGUUAGAGAAGGUGCACUAUGUCAUUGUGAGGUAGCGUUUUUUAUGUUGUGUGUAUUGUAGUGUUUUGUGUAACUACUGUAUUAAUAAGGCUAGAAUUUUA